GCUCUUCGCAAUGGCAGAACCCAUCGCCGAGACGCGACCACUCGAGGGGGAGGCUGCGCCUGCUGUGGAGAAGCCGGCUGCCGAAGAGACCAUUGAAGACGCAGCUCCUGAAGAGGCAGAGGCAAACGCAGAUGGAGAAGAAAAAGAUAAAGAAGAAGAUGAAGAAGAAGCAGCAGCAGUACCAGUUCCUGAAGCCGGCGAAGACGAGGUCGACGACGACAUCAAGUCCAAAAAGGUCACCCUCGCCGACCUGAGCGCAAAGGGCACCGCGCUCUACGCGCAGAAAAAGUACGAGGCCGCCGCCGACAUCUUCUCCCGAGCCAGCAUCCUGCAAGCCGAAAUCAACGGCGAGACGGCCCCCGAGAACGCCGAGAUCCUCUUCCACUACGGCCGCAGCUUGUUCAAGGUCGGCCAGAGCAAGAGUGACGUCCUCGGCGGCUCUGCGCCCGUCGAGAAGAAGACGAAGGCGAACGGCUCCUCGUCGAAGAAGGCCGCCAAGGAGGAACAGGUAACACAGGAGGGCGAGGCUGCUCAAUCUGGAGAGGGCAAGGAGAAGAAGAGCGAGGACAAGGCCGACAUUCCCGAGGGAAAAAAGGUCUUUUUCCAGUUCACGGGCGAUGAGAACUUUGACGAGUCUGACGAAGACGAGGCCCAGGAGGGAGACGAAGACGAGGAAGAAGACGACGACCUUGCCACUGCCUUUGAGAUUCUCGACCUCGCUCGCGUCUGCUACCUCAAGCAGCUGGAGAAGCUGCAGGAGGAGGAAGCGCAAAGCGACGGCGACAAGGGCAAGGGCAAGGAAGCCGCCAAGGAAGACUCUCCAGCCGUCAGACACAUCAAAGAGCGCCUCGCCGAGACCCACGACUGUCUUGCCGAAAUCUCCCUUGAGAAUGAGCGAUACCCCAAUGCCAUUGAGGAUGGCCGCACAUCUCUGAACUACAAGAUGGAGCUGUACCCCGAAGAGUCCGAAAUCAUUGCCGAGGCGCACUACAAGCUCUCCCUCGCUCUCGAGUUUGCCUCCGUCACCGCUGCCGACGACGAGGGCAAGAACACCAAGCGCGAAGAGAUUGACCAGGGCCUGCGCGACGAGGCGAUCAAGGAGAUGGAGCUUGCCAUCAAGAGCUUCAAGCUGAAGAUGCAGGCAAUUGAGGUUGAUAUCGCUAGCUCAGCGUCGCCAGAGGACAACGAGCUGUCGCGCAAGGCUGUCGAGGAGAUGAAGGAAGUCAUAGUAGACUUGGAGCAAAGGCUCGUCGACCUUCGCAAGGACCCCCUCAGCGCAAGCGACCUCCUCGGCGAUGGCGCCAACCCCCUGGGCGGCAUCCUCGGCGCCGCCUUUGGCCAAUCUGCUGCCGACGUGCAGGCGCGCGUCGAAGAGGCCACGAAGAACGCCGUGGACCUGACGGGCCUCGUGCGCAAGAAGAAGGCCAAGGUGGAUGACGCCGAAGCCGCCAACGGCAAUGGUAAGCGCAAGGCCGACGACGAGUCUACCGAGCUGGAAACGAAGAGGACCAAGGUCGAGGAGGAGCAGCAGACUGUGGAGGCGGAGAAGUAAUCUAUCGGCGCGCUUGAUCAAUUUCCAACUCUGCUGGUUUCCACCAUUCGAGGACCAGACUCGGAUGAAGCUGUAUUUGCAAUUUUGUUUUCUCUUCUCUGGGCUGGGCCGAGCCCAUCUGAAAACCCGCAUCCCCCCUUUUAAUUUGGGGGGAAACAGAAAGGAGAGGAGUUUAGGGCGUCUGGAAGGACAAGGGGGAUGG